AUGGAAGCUCAGAUGCGCCACAAGCGUGCACAUAUCCGGCGCCAACUACGGCAGGUGUUCGUGUACCCCCUCGUCUACAUCUGCAUGUGGUUGAUGCCAUUUGUCGCCUUGUGCAUAACGUACAAUUCAAAACUCGCAAAAAGCCCGCCAUUCAUCAUCAACACGCUAAACAAUUUCUGCCUUUGCUUCAUCGGCGCCGUCAAUUCUAUUGUUUUCUCAUUGCGCGAACGGCCGUGGCGCCACAUCGAGGGCAACCCCAGUCGCCGCUUCUGGAGCAGCUUCUGCUUCGGAUGUAACAAAGACGAUGACCUGGACGACGACGACGACGACGACGACACCCUCCCGUCGCACCACCAGCGCAGACACAGCAAUCGCUGGAGUGGGAGCACAUGCGUCACCAACAACACCACAGCGCCCACUGAAGACCACCCAGCCGUCUCGGCGACGCUUCUUCGACCUCAGCUCAUUCGCUCCGCCACCGCACCACCAUCCCCUGCCAACCCUGUCACCUCGACCCAGAACGACGAAAAGGACGACGAAGACACCAUCACGCCCAUCUCUCCCCUCACCCCUCCAUCGCCGACCUCGCGCCAAGGCCUAGCCGCCGCCGCCGCCGCCACCACCACCACAACUUCCCCACCUCUACUAGCGCCGCCGCCGCCCUUGAUAUCACGCACAUCCCUCCCUCCACCUCCUCGACACACAUCCACCGACUCGCCACCAGCAGCAGCAUCAUCGUCGCUUUCCCCUCCUUCUCCUCCUUCGGCCAACCACCCCACCACCAACACCCUCUCCGCCCUCUCCCUUGCCACCUCGGCCGCCCGCCGCCACAUCAAGCGCGCCAGCGUCAUGGUCGCGGCCAGCGCCACGGCCACGCGCGAGACGGACGCCCAGCGCGCCGCGCGGGAAAUGGCGUACGAGCGGCUGGCCUGGGAGAGGGAGCAGCACGCUGCCGCUGCCAGGCUGAGCACCGCUGCUGCUACUGCUGCUGCUGCGGCCGGGGGAAGUGGUAGUGGAGGUCCGCGGAGGGGGAGCACGGGGGAUAUUGUCGGUGGUGAUGGGGGGAUGAGAGGGGGCAGCAGUCGCAGUGGUGGUGAUGGGGACGGGACGUUGGUUGCUGGGUCGCUGGGGUCGCGGUCGUGGGCUGGGACGGGGCCGGCGGGGGUGGGGACGAGGGAGUGGUGGGAGAGGAGGGGGAGUGAGUGGGGGACGGGGCGGAAUGGGAGUCGUGGUGGUGGUAGUAGUAGGGGUGCCGGAGGAGGAGUGAAUCUGUAG